AUGGCGGCGCCGACGCAGCAUUCGAUGACUACGGGCAUCCUGGUCGAGUACUACGUGCUCACGGCUAUUGCCCUGGUCUUGGUGAUAGCGCGGUUAUGGAUGCGACUGGCCAUCACGGCUCGGAACUGGGGAUGGGACGACUAUACGAUUGUGAUUGCUUGGUUAUGCUCUGUCGUCGGGCUCAUCCUGAUCCAGCUCGCUGCCAAUAUUGGCUCGAAUCCAAUGUCUACCGGCCAAUCGGGACCUGCGAAACUGCGAUCUAUCAGAUUCAACACGUUCUUCGAGAUGGCGAGUAUCGUCUGCACCCUGGUCACCAAGUUUUCGAUCUGCUGUUAUAUCCUCCGCAUUCGAGAUGACCGGCGUAUGCGCUGGGCGCUGGCCUUCCUGAUGGUCCCGAUGACCCUAAUUACUGUCGCCAUUGUUAUCGUUUUGUCGGUGUCAUGCACGCCGCUGUGGAGCGACAAUAUCCCGACAACAUGUGUGCCGGUUAGUGGCAUGUAUACCGCUGCCUACGUGCAAUCCGCAUUGACCAUUGUCGUCGAUUUAUGCUUGACCUCCGCUCCCGUGAUUAUCCUCUGGGAUGUGAGAAUCCAGCUGGGGAGGAAGCUCUUCGUUUGCGGUCUCAUGAGCCUGGGUCUGAUCGCCACUCUUUCCAACGCCUUGCGCUCCUAUUGGCAAUAUCACCAGAGUAGUAGAGGCUUGUCAUUCAAUAUGACCUGGCUCACGGUGUUCUGCAUUCUGGAGCAAUCCGCCGGCAUCAUCGCCGCGUGCAUUCCAGCCUGCGUUCCGAUCUUCAGGAGAGGAAGAGCCAAGGAAGCGAGCCAAAAUGGACUGCUAGCAGACAGGCAGAACUAUUACGAGCUUUCGAACCAGUACAGUGCCCAGGGGAAGUCGUUGGAUCGGACGUCUUACACAACCACCACGGUUGGGGAAGAAUGUGUGGUCACGGUCGAUCCCGUCAUCAAAAGCGGGAAGAGUAGCGUGUAA